GAAACCUUUCUGUUAUCUGUGGUAUGAUUGUACGCAAUAUGGUACCAAUUUUUUCGGAUGUACACGAAUUUGGUUUAAUGUUUUCUUGUAAAACUCGAAUUAUUGGUAUAUCGAAUUAUUAAAUAUUUAUCGUACAUCACGAUAGUGGAAAUUUUGAAUUUGUUUCUCCUUCGAAUAAAAUCGAAAUAUCUGACACAUGCGAAUUUUUGCUUCAAAAAAUGUCUGAUUCAGAGGCUAGUAACUACUCGGAAAACGACAAUGCAUCUGAUGCCGGUUCGGUACGUUCCAGGAGUUCCAGAGGAUCUGUGAGAAGCAGAUCCAGAUCCCCUUCAAGAAGUCUCUCCAGAAGUAGAUCUCGUAGUAGAAGUAGAUCUAGAAGUAGGAGCAGAAGUCGCUCUGUGAGAUCCGGAGGCUCCGAAGCUCGAGAAAACUCAGAGCCCGAAGAAGUUGGAGAAGAAGAGGAACCUGAGGGUCAAAGUCUUCACUCAGAAGAUGAAUAUGAUAGUGAGGAGGAAGAUAGUGAUGAAGGCGGUCGUUCCAAGAAAAAAAAGAAGAAGGAUCGUUAUGGAGGUUUUAUUAUUGACGAGGCUGAAGUAGAUGAUGAAGUUGAAGAUGAAGAAGAUUGGGAGGAUGGAGCGCAGGAAAUUGGUAUUAUGUCAAAUGAACUGGAGGAGUUUGGCCCUACUGCGAGAGAAAUUGAAGGGAGAAUUCGAGGAACAAACCUGUGGGAUGCACAAAAAGAACAUGAGAUAGAGGAAUAUCUUCGUAAGAAAUAUGCAGAUGAUGGGGCCGCUAUUAAAAGAUUUGGAGACGGCGGGGAAGAAAUGUCUGAUGAAAUUACUCAACAGACUCUAUUGCCUGGGGUUAAGGACCCUAAUUUAUGGAUGGUGAAGUGUCGUAUUGGUGAAGAAAAAGCAACUUGUCUAUUGCUGAUGCGCAAGUUUCUUGCUUUCCAAAGUAGCAGUGAUCCACUUCAAAUUAAAUCCGUAGUGGCUCCUGAGGGUGUAAAGGGUUACAUUUACAUAGAAGCUUACAAGCAUCCUCAUGUUAAGGCAGCCAUAGAAAACGUAAGAAACUUGCAAAUGGGCAAAUGGAAGCAGCAGAUGGUGCCAAUUAAAGAAAUGACUGAUGUGUUGAGAGUCGUUAAAGAGCAGACCGGUCUUAAAUCAAAGCAAUGGGUGCGCCUCAAGCGUGGCCUUUAUAAGGACGAUAUUGCCCAAGUAGAUUACUUCGAUAUGGCACAAAAUCAAGUGCAUUUAAAGAUUUUGCCCAGGAUUGACUACACCCGCCUCAGAGGGGCACUAAGAACAACUCAGACGGAGUCGGAAAACGAGAAACGCAAAAAGAAACGCCGCCCCCCCGCGAAGCCCUUCGAUCCGGAGGCGGUCCGCGCGAUCGGGGGCGAGGUCACCUCCGACGGCGACUUCCUCAUCUUCGAGGGCAACCGUUACUCUCGGAAGGGUUUCCUCUACAAAAACUUCAUCCUCAGCGCGGUGAUAGUAGACGGGGUGAAACCCACGCUGGCCGAGUUGGAACGUUUCGAGGAGCAGCCCGAAGGUAUCGACUUGGAGUUACCUUCCGAGAAGGCGGACAAGGCGGUUUCGCAUUCGUUCAGCGCCGGCGACAACGUGGAGGUGUGCGAGGGCGAGUUGAUCAAUCUCCAGGGGAAGAUUUUGAGCAUAGACGGGCCCACGAUCAUGGUGAUGCCGAAACACGAGGACCUGAAGGACCCGCUCAUAUUUCAAGCGUCCGAGCUGAAGAAGUACUUCAAGAUGGGCGACCACGUAAAGGUGUUGGCCGGCAGGUACGAGGGCGACACCGGAUUGGUGGUCCGGGUCGAGAACAAUCGCGUCGUGUUGAUCUCCGACCUCACGAUGCACGAAAUGGAGGUCCUGCCCAAAGAUUUGCAGCUGUGCAGCGACAUGGCCAGCGGCGUCGACUCGUUGGGGAAAUUCGAAUGGGGGGAUCUGGUCAAUCUGGACGCGGAAACGGUCGGGGUGAUCGUCAGGUUGGAACGGGAGAAUUUCCACGUCUUGAACAUGCACGGCAAAGUUGUCGAGUGUCGUCCCGGUUCCUUGCAGAAACGACGGAUCAAUCGUUUUACGGCCGCUUUGGAUUCGUAUAGGAACAGUUUACAUCGUCGCGACAUGGUUAAGGUCAUUGAUGGUCCUCAUUCGGGCUUCUCUGGCGAGAUCAAGCACCUCUAUCGCAACUUCGCCUUCCUGUACUCCGUCGAGUUUCUUCAGAACGGCGGCAUCUUCGUGUGCAAAACCAAACACCUCCAGUUGCCUGGAGGCAACAAAGUGGCGCCAUCUGCCGAUGCUUUGUCGACCGGCAUGGAGUUUAUGUCGCCCAGAAGAAGUUCACCUUUGCACCCGUCCAGCGGAAUCGCUGGUGGAGGAGGCGGCGGCGGCGGCGGCGGUGGUGGCGGCAUGGGCGGAUUCGGGGGGCCCAGGCCGGGCGGCGGGGGCCGAGGCAGGGUUACCCGCGACAGGGACAUAAUCGGGACCACCAUCAAGAUUACUAGGGGUCCCUACAAGGGCAACAUCGGGAUAGUGAAAGAUGCCACCCAGGGUACCGUUCGAAUCGAAUUGCACACGUCCUGUCAGACGAUAUCGGUGGACCGCAACCACAUCGCCGACGUAGGCACGCCGGCCAGAGACGGCAGCAUCUCGAGCUACGGCCGCACCCCGGCCUACUCCGGGAACCAGACGCCAUUGUACCGCGACACCGGCAACAAGACCCCGAUGUGCGAUUCCGGAUCCCGCACGCCACUGCAUUACGGCUCGAUGACGCCCAUUCACGACGGCUCGAGGACGCCGAACGCGAGCUCAGAAUGGGACCCGAGCGUGCCCAACACUUACCCUUCGCCCGGAUACAACCCCAGCACUCCUGCGUACCAGAUGAACGCGCCUUUCACUCCUCAAACUCCGGGCAGCACCAUGUACGAUCAAACGUAUAGCCCGUACCAGGCAAGUCCGGGAUACCAGAGCGCCAUAUCCACUCCGUCACCGACCACUGGCUACGGUCAGUCCCCGGCCAGCAACAAUCCGUACAGUACGCCCAGUUCCGGGUACAGCCCGAGCGUGCCUUACAAUCCGCAGACUCCGGGCUCCGGACUCGACGUCCUUCCGAUGAGCGAUUGGCACACGGUCGAUAUCGAGGUCAGAAUCCGGGACAGUCACGACGACCCCGGCCUGGUCGGUCAGACCGGAGUCAUCCGAAGCAUUUCCGGAGCGAUGUGUUCGGUGUUUUUGCCGGAAGAAGAUCGCACGGUUAAUAUCGUAGCCGACCAUUUGGAUCCGGUCAGACCGCAACGCGGUGACCAGUUCAAGGUGAUCGUGGGGGAGGAGCGAGAGCAGACGGGCGAGCUCCUGUCGAUCGACGCCCACGAGGGCGUGGUCAAGUUUAAGAACGACAUUACGAUGUUGCCGUUGCAGAACUUGUGCAAGAUGCGCAGGAUGGAGCGUUAGAUCGACUUUUUUUAGGAAAGGAACAGUAAGUUUAGUUAUUUGACACGAAGUUUUCAGUUUGUAGCUUGAAACGAGUAAUCAUGUAUCGCUGAUGUUAAAUAAAGCAAAGUUUAGGGUC